UUGUGAGCUCCGCAGAAGUUGUUUCUGUUCCUCUCCUUCAUUCCUUACACCCCUCACUUCCAGCCCCCCGCCCCCUCACUUUUACCCCAGUCAUGGGAUCAAGAGCCACAGGAACUUGCUUCUUGGCUCUCCAGUUCUUCUUAUACUUCAAUUUGAAUAUUGCCCGCGUAAGUUCUCUGUCUUUCAAGCUGAAUUUCACUGAAUCCAACCAUAGUGCAUUGGCUGCAAUCCAGUUCCAGGAGGAUGCCUUCUACAACAAGGUCAUCAGACUCACCAAGGACGAGCUGAAUGACCAGAUCACCAACAGUGUAGGCAGAGCGGUCUAUACCGAUCCAGUGCCUCUCUGGGAUAGCACCACCGGUCAGUUAGCCGACUUUGCGACCCGCUUCACAUUCAGGAUAAAUGCCACAAGCAACAGUUCAAACGGUGAGGGCCUGGCUUUCUUCCUCUCACCCUACCCUUCUGUGAUCCCCAAUAGCUCCACUGGUGGUUUUCUUGGCCUCUUCAGCACUAGUAAUGAUCAGAAUGACCCAUCCAAUGGACUUGUGGCUGUUGAGUUUGAUACCCACAAUAACACAUGGGAUCCAGACAGCAACCAUGUGGGAAUCGACAUCAAUUCAAUUGUAUCGGUAGCCAACGUGACAUGGAAAACAGACAUCAAUAAUGGUCGGACAGCCAAUGUAUGGGUAACUUACCAGGCCAGUUCCAUGAACUUGAGCGUCUUCUUGACCUACCUGGACAACCCACGGUACAGUGGCAACUCCAGCCUAUCUUAUUCAGUUGAUCUCAGAAAGCAUGUCCCAGAAAAAGUGGCCAUUGGAUUCUCGGCUGCCACUGGUACUGGUAGAUUUGUUGAGCUUCAUCAGAUACUUUACUGGGAAUUCAAUUCUACGGAUUUGCAGAUGAUGAAGGUUGAGAAGAUGAGAAGUGUAUUGGUCAUAAGCUUGGCUACUGCCGUAAGUGUCGUGGUCUGUUCUAUGGGUUUGGUUUGGUUCCUUCUGCAUUUUAGGACUAGGAGGUCAAGAAAGGGGAAAGAAAAGAAGCUAGAGUAUAAUGAGUCCAUUGACGGUGAAUUUGAGAAAGGAAGGGGGCCAAGAAGAUUUCGGUACAAUGAACUUGUGGGUGCCACGAAGAACUUUGCUUUAGAGAGAAAGCUUGGAGAGGGAGGAUUCGGUGCAGUCUACCAGGGCUUUUUGAAGGAUCAAAACCUCGACCUUGCCAUAAAGCGAGUCUCAAAAGGGUCAACACAGGGGAGGAAGGAGUAUAUAUCUGAGGUCAAGAUCAUCAGCCGGCUGAGGCAUCGAAACCUUGUGCAGCUUGAGGGCUGGUGUCACGAGCACGGAGAGUUCAUGCUUGUGUACGAGUUCAUGCCAAACAGGAGCCUGGACACACACCUCUAUGACAACAGUAACCUGCUAGCAUGGCCACUGAGGUUUAAGGUCACUGCUGGAGUUGCAUCCGCUCUCCUUUACCUCCACGAGGAAUGGGAACAAUGCAUUGUCCACCGAGAUGUCAAGCCGAGCAACGUUAUGCUUGAUUCUGCAUUCAAUGCUAAGCUUGGUGAUUUUGGGCUCGCACGGUUCGUCGACCAUGAUCGAGGCUCACAAACUACAGUGUUAGCUGGGACAAUGGGUUACAUGGCUCCAGAGUGUGUCACCACUGGCAAAGCAAGCAAAGAAUCUGACGUCUACAGCUUCGGGAUUCUGGCGUUGGAGAUUGCAUGUGGAAGGAGACCGGUUGUGCUAAAGGAAAACGAUGACAAGAUCAGAUUGGUUCAGUGGGUGUGGGAUCUCUAUGGAAGGAACGAGAUUCUUAAGGCAGUUGACGGCAGGCUUGAUGGCGCAUUUGAAGAGAGAGAAGUUGUGUGCUUGAUGGUUGUCGGACUGUGGUGUGCACAUCCAGAUUACAAUUUACGACCUUCGAUUCGCCAGGUCAUAAGUGUACUGAAGUUUGAAGCACCAUUGCCAAGCCUUCCCCCAAAGAUGCCUGUGGCAAUGUUCUUUGCGCCGCCAAUUUCUCUAUGCAGGUUUUCAUACAGCUCAUCUGAUGGGACACUGAAGGAGCAGGAGCUGCAGAGGUCCAAUGGGUAUGGAAAGACAAGCUCAUACAGUGCAACCAAUAGUUCGAGCUCGCCUCCCUCUAUUCGACUGCCAGAUGUGGGUUACUAAGUUUGUUGGUUCCUU